CUUCUAUGUAGCUUUCCUGGCUUGACAGCUGUCACUACACGCCGAGGUCAAGGGGAAAGAAGCAUGGCAGCGUUAUUUAGAGGGUCACGAAAUUUAUUGCGAAGGUGGAAUAAGCAUGUCGACCUUGCCUUCGUGUCAACACGAUCAAUGGCCUCAAAAACUCCAGUGGGGUUUAUUGGUCUGGGAAACAUGGGCACUCCCAUGGCCAGAAACCUGUUAAAGAACGGUUAUCCUGUUAUUGCCACGGAUGUCUUCCCUGAGUCCUGCAAAGAACUGCAGGACCUUGGUGCUCAGGUAAUGGACACCCCAGCAGAUGUUGCAGAGAAAGCAGACCGCAUCAUAACAAUGUUGCCUUCCAGUCCCAACGUCCUAGAGGUCUACACAGGCCCCAAUGGCAUCCUCAAGAAGGUGAAGAAAGGAACACUUUUGAUUGACUCCUCCACCAUUGAUCCCGCUGUGUCAAAGGAGAUGGCUAUAGCUGCAGAGAAGAUGGGAGCUGUGUUCAUGGAUGCUCCAGUGUCAGGAGGUGUUGGAGCUGCUAGCAUGGCCAAAUUGACCUUUAUGGUGGGUGGAGUAGAGGAGGAAUACCACGCUGCACAGGAGCUACUAACCUGCAUGGGAGCAAAUGUUGUCUACUGUGGACAAGUUGGCACUGGACAGGCAGCUAAGAUCUGCAACAACAUGCUGCUGGCCAUCGGAAUGAUUGGGACUGCAGAGACCAUGAACCUUGGCAUCAGACUGGGUUUAGACCCGAAGCUAUUGGCAAAGAUCCUCAACAUGUCAUCAGGGCGUUGCUGGUCUAGUGACACGUACAAUCCGGUCCCUGGCGUCAUGGAGGGCGUCCCCUCUGGAAACAACUACCAGGGCGGCUUCGGAACCACAUUAAUGGCUAAGGAUCUCGGUUUGGCCCAAAGCACUGCCACCAACACUAAGACACCCAUCCCUCUGGGCUCCCUCGCCCACCAGAUCUUCCGAGUUAUGUGCUCACGUGGCUACGCUAACAAGGACUUCUCAUCCGUCUUCCAAUUCCUACGCGAGGAAGAAGGACAGUGAAAUGAGAAGGAGCACAGCCGACUGUGGUGUUAUACAUAAACACACAUAUGCACACACACACACGCAAAUAUGCACACACCCCAGUGCCCCUCAUCCCACUAUGCUCAGGAGAGACUAAGGCCUUGCCCUCAGGCACAGAUCUGCAGGCCAAUUAAUACACCGUAUGUCGGCAUAUGUCCCCUCAUUGCAUUAGCUGAAUCAUAUUUUCAAUUCAUGACGCUCUCUCUGCAUGGAGGAAAUGCUAAAACUGACCUUAGAUCAGUAUCUAGAGACAAAGCCCUUCCUCUUUAGCAACUAUCUUCCCUGUUUGGUGUGAAAGACCAGAGAGGGGACAUGAGGUAGGAUGAGGCACUGCAGGUUUACGUGUAGCAAUGCAAUUACUAUGUGCUUUUUCAGGACGCUUGGUGAGAAGUACUUGCAUGAUUGAUUAUCGACUGUUUUAGUAUGUUUUUCCUGAGUUACUGGUGUUCGCCUGGUACUGAAAUACUUGACUCAGGCCUGUCUCUGUUGAGUGACAGCGGACAAGGGGAAAAAUUCAUGAUAACAUUCACAUAGUGUUGAAAAUUUUAUUGAACAGAAAAUGCAAGAGAGUGCAGAGUUAGGGAUGACCCCUUUCCUGAUGGAAAAACUAAGCCGGUAACAAUAAAUUAAGGCAACCAAAAAUGGCCACACUCUGGGCUUUUGUUACAUUUUAUGGCUUUAAUGUUUGUUCUCUUCAACCUUCAAUCCUCCAGUAUGUGUAUUAUUUCUUUUUACCUCACAAAUGCACUACAGUUGCAAUGGUUUCAGAGUUUUGGUACUACAUUUAAGCCACUACUUGCUGGAUCAGCCAGUUCUGCUCUUCUAAAUACUGUGACAUGUGUCUGGUUAUUUUUACAACGCACAUUGUGGCGUGACACGCUGCGCCAUUUUGAUAAAUAGUUACACAAUCUAUUACCUCUACUCUACUGUCUACAUCUGCUUAUCGAGCCAUCAGAGUAUUACUUUGUGACCAAUACUGUUGAAAUUUUAUAUUGUUCACUACAAAAUGUUCUUAAAGUUUGGCUAUUUUCGUACCCCUUUUUACUUUAACUAAGUUGUAUUCUUAUAUGUUCCUCCCAUCUCUUUUUCUGUGUCUCUCUCUCUCUCUCUUUCUGUCUCUCUCUCUCUCUCGCUCUCCUGUGACACCUGUAAAAUGUGUAAAAUGUCAGUGAGGACUUGUUCUUCUCUGCUCUGAACAAAUGUAAAUAGUGUAUAUUUCAUAUUGAUGUGUAGUAUCAAAGAGGAAUCUAAGUGGUCUAACACUUUUUCUUUUUUUUUUUUUUUAAAGUAAAAAUCAUUCAUAGUGUCUACAGUUUGUCUUUGCUCCAUGAGACUAUCGGUCACGCUGUAGCCUUAAAUAAAAGAUGUUCUCUCUA